AUGGUAUCUCUGCUCUACGCAACAAACAUCGGACAAGAUAUAAACUGCGCGGGAACAUUCCUACCAGAGCUACCAGUGCGACUUGGUCAUAAUGCCGCCCUGGAUGCCUCAGCCGCGGCCUUUGCGUCCACCAUGACAUGUAUUCGCUCCAGGAGCAAUGCGUCAGAGCCAGUUCGCGACAAAUACGUCACCGCUAUCAGGGCCGUACAGAGUGCUGUUGCGAAAUCUAGUACGGCUUACACGGUGGAAACUCUAUGUUCAAUCCUACUCAUUGCGAGUUGUCAGAGUUGGAUGGCCGCGAGCAAUGAGCUUACUCCGUCUCAUGGAAUGGGUAUGGGGCAUCUGUUGGAUGUUUUGUUAGACCAAGAUCCUAGUUGUGAUAUGUUUCUGUUCCAAGUCGUACGGAGUGCUACUAAUGCAGUGGUAUUGGAGAGCAUGUUCAAUCCUUCUGUCCAACCACAACCCUGGAUACACAAACUCACGAAAAGAAACUUCCAGGCUCGCCUACCAGUCUUGAAUCCCCAAACCUUGGAGGUGCGUGAAAAAAAGGUCAUUUGGCUACCAACCAUGGAUGACGUCAAUCUCCUGCUGCUCCCGGAUCUUCUUCGCCAACCGAACAAAGACAUGCAAAGGAUCCAACAGCUUUACAUCAUGUCACAGGAAGACUACAAAAAGGUAUCACAGUACCGAAACACCUGUUUCUUACAAAAAGAUCGUCUGAAUUGCCUUCCACCGGAAGCUGUCAGUCUUCUGGCAAGUUGCAAUGAGAUACAAUCCAUUUUGCUGGCCGUUGGCAUCGCGCUCAACACAUUACUACGAAAUGUGUACCCCCACGACUUAGAGUUGAAGAAGGAUAUAGUUGGAUUCUUUGCGGACACAGUUUCACUAGCAGAGGACUUAAAGAUGGAACUACCCAUGGGAGCUGUGUAUCUUCCGCUCACGCUUGUGGCUGCGUGGCUUGCUUCGGAUGAUGCCACGUACCGAGCGCGCUUGAAGCACUUGUUGGAGGACUAUAAAGGUGGAUAUGCCAUGUCUGAGUUUAUUAGGCGUGUGAGUCACUGGAGAGAUGCGCCUCAGAGUUUGAUUGAUGAGUUUUCGUGGUUCCCGAGGCCAGCAGACUCUAUUGAAGGGCCAACUGGCAAUGACGAGGCUCGAUCGAGUGGUAUAUCGACGCAAGUGCAGCCUCAUAGUAGUUGCUGCUUCCUAUGA